AGGAGGAGGAGAAGGAGAAGGAGGAGGAGGAGGAGGAGAAGAAGAAGGUGGAAUAGUAGAAUUAAUUUUUGUAAUCAAGAAUGACGCAACAAAGUGGCGCUGGGUCUCCCCAGCAGUUCUGCUUGAGGUGGAACAAUUAUCAGACAAAUCUUACGAACGUGUUCGAUCAGCUGUUACAGAGCGAAAGUUUCGUCGAUGUUACGCUCGCCUGCGACGGACACAGCGUGAAAGCUCACAAAAUGGUAUUGUCCGCGUGUAGUCCUUAUUUUCAAGCAUUAUUCUUUGAAAAUCCGUGCCAGCAUCCUAUCGUUAUAAUGAAGGAUAUCAAAUGGCCCGAAUUAAAGGCCGCCGUCGAAUUCAUGUACAAAGGCGAGAUCAACGUUUCCCAGGAACAAAUUGGGCCGUUGUUAAAGGUAGCCGAAAAUUUAAAAAUACGCGGCUUGGCGGACGUUAACAGCGAACAAGAAUUAACGUCGAGGCCGAGUUUGGUCGAGGAAGCGACGAGCGCUGCCCUUCACAGGAAAAAACGACGCCGAAUAUCCGGGGAAAGAUCGCCGACCGGCAACAGUCCCGAUCACACGGGUUCGGCUGGUAGCACCACGGGUGGAACGGGUAGCAUGAUCGACGAUCAAGAACCUAGCGGUCCAGCCGGCAUGGUCAUUCCUGAAGUUCAUGCUCUCAUACCGAACAGCUCGACCCCGCGUUCUCUCGGCUCGCCAAGCACGCCAAGCGUUUCGGUGACGCCGCAGAUAAACCUUCAAGAAUUACCGGUCUCCUUGCCUCUACCACCACCCCCGCCGCCGCCACCGCAGGGACAGCAGGGCCCGCACCCCAUGCCUGCUCACCACGUGCCCGGCCACGUGACUUCUGGACCGCAUCCCUCCGUAAACCACCUAACUCACAGUCAACAGCUAGCCGUUCAACAGCAACAACAGCAACAACAGCAACAACAACAACAACAUUUGCAGCAGGUAGUACAGUCCAAUCAACCCGGCGACGACCUCGAGAUCAAGCCUGGCAUCGCUGAGAUGAUUCGCGAGGAGGAAAGGGCCAAGUUGUUGGAAUCCUCCCACGCUUGGCUCGGCAGCGGUGCCUCCACCUCCAGUUUAGCAGCAGACAGUUACCAGUAUCAACUGCAGUCGAUGUGGCAAAAAUGUUGGAACACCAAUCAGAGCUUGGUCCACAAUCUACGCUUCCGUGAACGUGGCCCACUGAAAUCCUGGAGACCGGAAACGAUGGCGGAAGCGAUCUUCAGUGUCCUCAAGGAAGGAUUAUCAUUGAGUCAAGCAGCGAGAAAAUACGACAUCCCUUAUCCGACAUUCGUAUUGUACGCGAACAGAGUACACAACAUGUUGGGUCCUAGUGCUGAUGGAGGAGCCGAUUUGCGGCCAAAGGGCAGAGGACGACCCCAAAGGAUUUUACUCGGCGUUUGGCCGGACGAACACAUUCGUGGUGUAAUACGUGCAGUUGUCUUCAGAGACGGUCAUUCCCCCCAUAUUGUUAAGGAAGAACCAACCUCGAUGUAUCCGACUUUGGCGAAUUAUGCAGCUUGCAAUGGACCGGAAGGUGCAGUCAGUCCUGGGGCUGCUGCAGCUGCGGCGGUGGCUGCUGUUGCUCAAGGUUUAAGGCAUCAAAUGUGUAGCAUGGUAGCAGCAGCCCACUCGCAGCACGAUAUGAUGGCGACUAACCUAUCGACGAGUUUAUCGACGAGUCUUUCGUCAAAUUUGCAAGCUGCGAUGCAGGCGAGUCAACAUCACAACAACAAUAACGCGAGUAUUCUCGGUAACAACGGAGGUGGAAUGAUCGGUUGCGGCGGUGGUAACAAUACCGGCAAUUCACCUUUGAAUUUAGGCCUGGCGAGUCCAGGUUCCGGUGGUCCACCGGAAAGUCCAAUGGAAAGUCCAUUAGCGAGUCCAUUGGGCCCAUUGAUGGAUCCUGGACAUAUACCCGGUAGCGUAGAAGUUGGUAUCGGUGUAAGUGGUAUGACGUAUAAACCGGCACGAAGCUUUGUCAGUCCAAGACCUGAGAAUCUUUUUCAAGAGGACAUUGCCGACCUCGUGAAAAGUCCCCACAGUCUCAAGGACAAGGACAAGAUACCAGUCAAGUUGGAGCCCUUAACUGACUCUCGUUGCGAAUAGUAUGCGACGAUUUACGACUCUUCGAGAAAGAGCGAGUGAUGAGCAAAGCAACUAAUAAAAGAACCGAGUGCAAAGGAAAGGAAAGAAAAGGAUGGGGAGAUUUAGGUGGGCAAAAGGGCGGUAGGAAAGGGGGAGGGGAAAGGGGGUAGAGUAAAGAAGAUGAUGAGAGGAGGAAGUUAGAUGCCGAGGAAAAAGGAGGAGGAGAAGAAGAUGAUGAUGAUGAUGAAGAAGAAAAAGUUAAGGGGAGAAAGUGAAAGGAAGAGAGAGAGUAGGCUUUUUCUGUCCGUCGAGACGUGAAAGAUGGAAAGAGAUAGAGAAAGGAAGAUAUAUAUUGAGAAAGAGAGAGAGAAAAGAAAAAGAAAAAGAGGUUGGUUGAAAGUGACGAAGAUUUUCCGUUCGACGGACCACAAGACGCUCUUCUCUCAUCUUUCGGUACUCCGGGAUUUCUCGAAGAACACUUUGAGGUUCAAAUAGGAGAAGAAGAAGAAGAAAAAGUUGGAGGAGUAAGAGGAGGGGAAUAAAGAAGCGAUCUUCUUGUAAAAAAAAAAAAAAAAGAAGAGGAGGAGAAGACGACUCUCGAAUGAGAGAGAAAGAUAGAAUAUAGAGCAGCUCGCAAUGAGAGAGAAAGAAAGAAAGAAAAAAAGAGAGAAAGAAAGAGUGUGAGUGAGUGAGAAUGAGUGUAUAACGGAGAUAUAAAAAUUCGUGCGAGGACUUUUCUACGAAUAUUGUCGAGUAUAUCGACGAGAGCCUUGUUUCGUCGUGGGGUUUUUUUUUUUCGCCGCUAGAACGCCACGUACAAACUCUAUGCGUUUAAUCUCGCCCCCAUUUACGGUGAGUUCUACGUGAAAUAAUAAAGUUUUAUUGAAAAUGAGAAGUAGUAGUAAAAGAAGAAGAAGAAGAAGAAGAAGAUAAAGAAGAUAAAGAAGACGAAGAAGAUGAAGCAAAGAGAAAAAAAAGAAAAGAAAAAAAAGGGAAAAAAAACAUGAAGAAAGAUUAAAAAGUCGCGUUGCUAAAAACUCUUGUAAAAGAAUAAAAAAAAUUAUUUCUAGGAAACAACAACGCGCGCGAGAGGGAUGAAAAAUUUCGCGAAUAAGUUUAGAUGAAG